GCCAAUCGCUUCAGUAGAGAUUUGACCGCGGCGCGAACUUGACGUUCUAAAACGCAUUCUACUUUCGAACGUCUUUCAAAACGCGCGCCCUUUUUUGAAGUUUAGGACCUUUUUUCAAAAUUUGAAAAAGUUUGUUCAGUGAAAAGUUUUUUAAAUUUGUUAAUGGACCUGCUUUUUAUUUUGUGCCAGUGACCGAUAGCUGCAAAAAGUAAAAGGAGGUGAAACGUUUUUAAUUUCGACACCGCAAGAUGGCGCCCAAUUGACAGCUGACGACACCAGCAACCAAGAUGGCGGCGGGUCCGGCCGCGGUGGUAGUCGCGCGCGCCUGCAAGCACUAUGGGCGCCCCGACAAACCGGACUACAAGCCAGUGCUCGUGCACCUUGACAUGACAGUUGAAAGGGGUAUUAUCUAUGGCCUCCUAGGCCCUUCAGGGUGCGGGAAGACCACCCUCCUCUCCUGCAUAGUGGGAAGAAGAAAACUAGACAGUGGUGACAUUUGGGUCCUAGGUGGCACCCCUGGAGAGAAGGGCAGCGGUGUGCCCGGCCCCAGAGUUGGGUAUAUGCCACAGGACAUAGCACUAGUCGGGGAGUUCACAGUCCGCGACGCGAUAUACUACUUCGGCCGUAUAUACGGGAUGAAGAGCGCCAAACUGAAGGAGAGGUUCGACUUCCUCUCUUCACUGCUGGAGUUGGCAGCUGAAGGUCGGCUGAUCAAAUCUCUCUCUGGAGGUCAGCAGAGGAGGGUGUCGUUAGCUGCCGCCCUGGUGCAUGAACCGGAGUUGCUGAUACUGGAUGAACCUACUGUUGGGCUGGACCCAGUUUUGAGAGAGAGGAUAUGGGAGUUCCUCGCAGAGCUCGCGCGAGGCGGCACCACAGUCAUCAUAACCACACAUUACAUUGACGAAACGAAACAAGCACACAAGAUCGGUCUACUCCGAGACGGGCAACUCCUGGCCGAAGACUCCCCUGAAGAACUGCUCCGGAAAUUCGACUGCGACACGCUUGAAGACGCCUUCUUAAAGCUGGCCCUUCGCCAACAUGAAAUGCCUAGAAGAAGGCCCACCCUCACAGCGUCUCCCGACGUCAUCCCGGACGGGAUUCCCAGCGUUGUGGACAGCCGGUACGAGUCGCGGGAGGACUUUAAUGUGGUCACCAGCAGUACCGAUGUGUUAACAACAAAAGAGAAACCAAAAGACUGUAGAGGCAGAUCGAAGGCGAGGUAUAAGGCAGUAUUUAUUAAGAGCAUACAACAGUUCUCCCGGCAUCCAGGAGGGCUGGUGUUCUCCAUCCUGUUCCCCAUCAUCCAGAUCGUGGCGUUCUUCUCUGCCAUUGGCCAUAACCCACGUGGAUUACAGCUAGCCGUAGUGAAUGAAGAAACCGCCUUCUCACCGUAUGGUCACGAUAUAUGCAGAAAUAGCAGCUUACGGCCAAUAGUCAGGAUAGAGGAAGAAGACACGUGCGAGCAGUACAUGCUCAGUUGUUGGUUCUUAGAAGAAAUGGAGAAGAAAGAAUUGUAUCAGAUUCCAUACGAAACCACAGAAGAGGCCAAAGCAGCGGUAGCCAGCGGCGCGCUGUACGGGGCGCUGUACUUCCACCGCAACUUCAGCGACGCGCUCGCGGCGCGCGUGCGGGAAGGGGAAGUCCCUGAUGACGUGGUGGACGACAGCAGCAUUAGCGUCUGGGUCGACGUCAGCAAUCACCAAAUAACCAACUUCAUAAAGAGUCAGCUGCACAAAACGUACAGCAGUUUCACGAAGCGAACGAUGCGGGCUUGCGGAAGGAACGAGGACUUGGCUCAGAUGCCGGUCCGCUUCCAAGACCCGGUGUACGGCAAAAUGGACACUCAAAUGGUGUGGUUCAUGGCUCCGGGGAUCAUGAUCACCAUAAUCUUCUUCCUGCCCGCGGUGGUGACGUCGACGCUGCUGAUCGGCGACCGGCUGGAGGGCGUGUGGGAGCGCAGCGCGGUGGCUGGAGUCAAGCCUAAGGAGAUGCUGAACGUGCAUAUAGCGCUGCAAGCCGCCAUCAUUGUGCUGCAGACGGCAGAGAUGAUGGCUCUCUCAUUCCUCGGCUACGGCAUGCCUUCCGAGGGUUCGUUGAUAACGUGCGGCCUGCUGCUGUUCCUGCAAGGACUCUGCGGGAUGUGCUAUGGAUUCCUGCUCUCGAUAUACUGCUCCAGUUACACCAUGUCGUUCUUCGUGGCCACUGGAAGCUUCUACCCCAUGAUUCUUUUGUGCGGAAUCCUCUGGCCUCUAGAGGGCAUGUCGACCGGCCUCCGCAUCAUCGCUCUCAUGCUGCCCUUCACGAUUCCCUCCAAGUCCCUCCGAGACAUAAUGGAGCGAGGGUCCUCUUUCUUGGAGCCGUCGGUCUACCAAGGAUUCCUGGUGACCCUGGUCUGGAUCGCGGUCACUUUAGGCCUCUGUUUCUUGAGGCUAAAGUUGAAAAAGACGUAGGAUUUUUUUGAGACAGUUGGAAUGUAGUACUGAUAUGCCAAUGUUGUGUUUUGAUGAUUCAAGCAAAACUUUUGAAUUACUUGUGGUGUGCACAUAAUAUAAACACAUUUGUGAGCAAAUCGAUUUCAUGCGGUAAGAAAUUAUUGCGAGAAAAAUCUCCAUAACUAUCGACACAACAUAAAAUUGGCUCGACAACACACAAUGUGUCUGGGUGUGACAGACACGCGGCAAAAAUCUUGGCCAGAACUUAAGCAUAGACUUGGAACUUGAGGAUAGUUCUACCAAGACCUAAAGAAAACGUGUGCGUAUGGAUUGAGUGAGCACCCCCUGGAAAGCAUUAAAUUUAUACUUUUCUUAUUGUAAAAGGCCUAAAACGUAUUGUAAAAACAAUCUUUCCAUUUGUAAAAAGAUUAAACCAAAGAUAAAUAGAUAAAAGUCGGCUCACUCAGUCCAUACAGAGGAUCAGCCGGAUCUCCGUAAUAUAAUAAGUUUAUAAAUAUCAUUAAUGCUCGUUAUAUUGUAAAAACUCUGCAAAGUUAGUGUCUUUAAUUUUAGAUGUGUGAGGGCCGUAAUUAAAAAGUUAUACAUGA